CUUCCAUUUGGCUCUAAUGAUCUCACAGGGGACUCCAAUGAUGCUGAUGGGAGAUGAAUACGGCCACACACGGGAGGGCAAUAACAACAGUUAUGGACAUGAUAAUGCAAUGAAUAAUUUUCAGUGGCACCAGCUUGAUGCCAGGAAAAAGAAUCACUUUAGGUUCUUUGCAGAGUCGAUAAAGUUUCGCCGAAAACAUUCUGUAUUGGGACGCGACCAAUUUCUUGAAAAGAAUGAUGUUACCUGGCAUGAGGAUAACUGGGACAACCAUGAGAGCAAGUUCCUCGCAUUUACGAUCCAUGAAAGGGAUCAUGGGGCUGAUAUUUACGUAGCAUUUAAUGCACAUGAUUAUUUUGUUAAAGCUCUUAUACCUUCACCUCCUCCUAAUAGGCGAUGGCUCAGAGUGGUGGACACCAAUCUUGAAUCUCCAGAUGACUUCGUUCCUGAAGGAAUUCCAUUUACUGGAGAUACCUAUAAUGUUGCACCCUAUUCAUCAAUUCUUUUUGAAGCCAAGCCGUGAAUCCCAAGUUACCAGGUGGAUGUCUGUU